GAACGCUCAGCGCGAUAAGGAAGUAAAAACACAUAAACAAUUGAGGUUAGUAUAGAACUUCUCGUACUUGAAAAGAAGAACUUUUCAGAACAAUGGGGCAACAUUAAGUUCGAUCUGGCACAUACCGUUCGUGUUCACUCUGGAUGAGGAUGAGAAUUGGACACAACUAACGCCUUGUUUUAAAAGCAAAUAGGUCAGACAUGAAGCUGAUACUUUUACACUUCCUGGCAGCAGCCACAGCCUCUGCUUUUGUCCUGUCACCUCAACAGACAUGGACCAAACUGAUCUUGACACACCACUGGCCCACAACCUUCUGUGGGAUGGAGAAAUGUCAUACUAAAAUUGACUCCUGGACUUUACAUGGACUUUGGGCUAACAAUGGCAAUGACUGUAAUGCAACAUGGCAUUUCAACGUAACUUUGAUCGAGGAUUUGCUUCCAGACAUGGAGAAAAGCUGGCCAGAUUUACUCAAUCCUGAAUCUACAAAAUUUUGGAAAUACGAGUGGUACAAACAUGGAACAUGUGCUGCCAAAGCUGAAUCUCUGAAUAGUCAGCAUAAAUAUUUCAGCAAAGCCCUGGAACUAUACCAUAAAAUGGACUUGGACAGUGUUUUAAAAAAGUUUGACAUUAACCCCUCAAAACAGUACUACCCGUUUGGUCACAUUCAGGAUCUUGUUGAUGGCUUCUAUGGUGCCAAAUUGAAGCUCCAGUGUGUCCACCCUCCAGAGAGUGCCGAUUAUCAGAUUUUGGGUCAGAUUGAGAUUUGUUUCACCCCUGAUUUCUCUUUGAUGGACUGUGAGCGAGAGACCAGAGAGAAACCUGUGAACUCUUCAGUGAAGGCCCAAGCAAAGCCUGGCUUCAGUGUUUGUGACCCUGAGGUUCCAGUCUACUAUCCACCCACGAUGUAGCUCAUUUGCAGAAUAUACUACAACUAAUGUCUGUUUUUCUUUUUCACGGGUAGCAGGAAUACUUGACAAUUAUGUGUAUUAUUUAAAGAAUAACUUUAGAUUCUAGGAAUUACUUGUUUACACAUCAAACAUAAUUUAAGGCUAUUCUUUAUUCCUCAUAGGUAUGUGUAGAGCUAUUUUAUAAGUAUUACUCUGUAGUAUACUUAUUACUUAUGGAAAAGGCACAGAUUCUGCUUGAUUCUGAAGCAAUGGCAUUAAGCUCUCUUUGUCUUUGUGACAACUAAUUUCACUACUAUUAAUAAUAAUAUAUGUCCUUGUUUUAAAAAUGGACCAUGCGUCCGGAAUAGAGAUGAAUUGAAUUGAAUUGAAUGCCAAUAACAGAAAGUAAUACCUCUUUUUUUCACCAAAUAAUAUAUAUUUUCCAGUACCAAGUGAUGCCUUCUGUUAAACGUUUUAAUGUAGCAUUUUGAAACACUCUUUACACAGUCUAUACCUCCAGUGAUUUGUCUUUAAUGAACUGUUGACAUCCUUUUGGCAAUAUUGCCAAAACGAUGGCAAUAAAAGGAUUCUGAUUCUUUUGCAUUUAGUUUAAUAAUCAAAGUACGCUUGAAAAACGUGGAAACUUGAAUAUAUGCUUUUUAACCUUAACAUAAAUAAAAAUGUGCAUAAUUGUAGUAUCUGUAUGUUACUAAUAUUUUAUACACAAUGUCUCUGCUUAUCUAAGUUACUUCAGUCACUUAAUAUGCUGCAAAUAGAGCAAAGCAUCUGUUUUUAGCCUGGAUUUAAAUAAAGGGCAUCUUGGGUUUGA